AUGAAGUUCGCUACUGCUAUCAUGGCCUUUGUUGCCUCUGCUACCUACGCCGCUGCCGCCCAGGUCACCUUCAAGACUCUUGAUGACAAGGUCCGAACCGUGUACUUCACUUCUGACCCCGGAUAUGCCAACAUCGACCCCGUCGUUGUGAGCAACAAGGAGGACACCACUGUCCAGUUCCCCGACAAGUACAUUGGAAACUACUGGGCCGUCGUCAAGGGUGGCAAGAACACUGGCACCGGUAUGCUCGGCGAGGUGACUUUCGGCGGCUGGAUGGGCAAGACCUACUUUGACGUGUCCGCCAUUGUCGUCCCCGGUGACACCAACAACGUCAAGCAGAUGUACCCUGCCAAGUCCAUGACCCCCGACUCUGGCUGCGAGGAGUUCCCCUGCGACAACGCCUACUACCUGCCCGACGAUGAGCAGACCAAGGUGACUGAUGAGACUCACCUCAUCACCACCCUGGGCGCCGGCUCGGUCGAGCUGCCCGGCAACAAGACUGCUGCCCAGUAA